UUUAUUAUUAGCGUGCCGUGUCUCUUGGUAUCGUUGACGGUCGUGUGUAUUGGUGGUGUGUCUUUUGCAUUGAUAAAAUAAAAAGUAAAUAAUAGAAUUUCGAGCAAUUAUAAAUGAAAAUGUUGAAAAAAAUUCAGUUGCCAAUUGUCAUUUGAACGGUAGUUGUAAAUGGUUCAUAAAAAUAAUAUUGCCCGUUCGCGAAUUUCAUUCAAUUUUUUAUUGAUAGAAAAAUAUUGUAUCGAUUAGAGACUCUUUCGUUAAAACCACCCAUCAGCAGUGUGCUUCGUGUGUGUCGCCAAAAGUAUAUAGAUACAUCGUGUGGUUUUUUCUAAACACAUUUAUUGUUAUAAUUCAUUUUAUCGUGUGUUGAUUUCGAUUGCAAAAUUUAUUAUUUGUGGAACUGGUUGAUAAGAGGAACAUAAUAAAAAGAAACAAUAAAUUCGCUUUGAUUGACCUAUAACGGUACAUAUAUUUUGCUUGGAAAGUACACCAACAACAACAACAACAACAAAGCUGUAAAAAUGAAAUCCGAUGGAAGAAGUAAUAUAUUAUCAUCCGUUGUGUCAGAGUGGGAAGAUAAUGUGUUAUUCGAUGCAGACGAUCCAGAUUUUGCGAAAACAGGCACCAACGCACCGGCAGCUAAUUUGAAUGUAUUGAAUGCAUACAUGCUUAAAGUGCCUUCAAAUAUGUCUCUGGCUGACAUUCAAAAUCCUCACUUGGCUGAACUUUGCAAUUCAAUGGGACGCAACAGUAUCAGAAGCAUGUCGUCGUCACUGUCCGAUCUGGUCGGAAGUCCAUUGGAAAUUUCUGUCGACAAUGUGAUUACCAUCGAAGACUUACGAGCUCAAAUGGGCUCAUGCUUUACGUGUGGCGUUUCGUGGACGGACGAUCAUGUGUCGCUGGACUGUUCAGAGUGUGGUGGCUAUAGUUCUGAACGACCCUGUCCAUUGUGCGAUGGAAAUUGUGGCAUGGUUUGGAAACGAGAUUUUAAUAUGUCACAUACCUCCGGUAAAGCUCGCUGGUUAGGUGUUUGUCCCACCCUCAGCGACACCAUUCACAACCAUUUACCCGCGCUGCUUAGCCAAGCCACACCACAGACAUGCGCCGCAAGUCAAGUGAUGCCACAGGAACUAUGCGCUCGACUCGAACAGUUAUCAGCAAGAGCACAAACCUGAUUCAAUGCUUUCGUAACGAAACAGUGCAUGGUGUAGCUUUAAUUUCGCUUUUUUUUUGUGUUAAGUUAGUGGUACAUCAGCAAUACGAUUUAUUUUGGUGAGUUUAUGAAAGCACGUCGCCGACAUAUAGUGUUGAACAUUGUUUUCGAUGGUGUGCUUUUCAUUGCAUAGUCAUACAAAGCCGGAGAAUUUUCGUUUUUCAGUUUCAUAAAUUGUAUAUGGUUGAACCGCUAAGUGUUUAAAUAGGAAAAGAAUUAAGUUGUAAAUGGAAGGACGUUAGACAGACUCAAUAUUAUUUCGUAUUUUACUCGAAAAUUGUAAAAAAUUGAAUUUUUUUUGAUCGAUUUUAUGUGUGGAAUUUUACACACAUUGAACCACGCAUUGCGCAUCAAGCUAAAUUUUAAGUCAAUCUUUUUCGGAGAACUCCUGCUCAAAUAUUAGAGAGAGAAAAAAAAACCAAAACAUUUUCGAGAGAGGUUAACAUUUUGAACAUACAUUUUUGUAAUUGAAACGUAAUUCAGGCAUUUAUAGAAAUGAAAUCUAAAUAACAAAAUAAAUAAAAACUUAUUAAAUGAACAAAGGCUGACACUUAAAAUCAGAAUGUAAACCUAGAACCAAUAAUAAAUAAGGAUGCAGCCUUUUCAAGGAAAUGGUCUCUCAAAAAGAUGAAAAUGAAAAUAAAAUUAAGGAAAUCCAAAAAAAGACUAGAUUCAUCCUAUUUGUUUAGUUCAUAUAAGAAUAACUCCUAUAUAUGUACAUGAAUAAGAAUUUAAUUUAAUUUAAUGAAAGAAAACUUAUUUAAGAAGAAUAAAUAAAUGUGAAAAUAAAAC